AUGGAAGACGACAAAGCCGACGGGGUCCGUGCCCGUGAGCAGGACAACUGGACUCCUCCCACCAAAUCCUCAGCAUCGGGCCAUAUCGUCGCAGAGGAGGCACUUGGGAGCGACCUCCCACAGGGCUACUUUACCAGUAUCCAUUUCAUUGCGACCCUGAACGGCACCACCGUGACCGACAAAGUCAUAGGGAUUGGCGGCACCAACAUUGUGCUCCAGCGAGGGGAAUACGCCAUCAAGAUCCCCCGUCUGUCGAGAAUCACACAGGUCGGAGACACCGCCGUGUCGAUAGACCAAAGCAGACCCCCCCAAGAAGGCGAUUUCGACUACCGUGGCGUGUUGAUUCGAGCCCUGCAAAACGAAAAGGACAUUUAUCGCAGAAUCGGCCCGCACGAAGGGGUCACGCCCUGCUACAACGUCUCGUCGACGCCGGCUGCCCUCCAAAUGCCGCUCAUGGGAGAGGACCUCCACCGCCAUCUGGCCCAGAACAGACCAGGCCGCAAAACACAGCUGGCGUGGCUGAGGCGACUGGCCGGCACGCUCGCGCACAUCCACUAUCCACUCUCGGCGCGUGAUCGUGGGCGAUGUCCGUCCUGGGAUCUCGAGGGCCCCGACGCGCUCGGCUACUCGAUCCUCAGCGACAUCGGACAGCUCGGCGCCGUCAUGUUCCUGAUCGUGACAGGCCGGACGGGCCGGACCUGUCAAUUCCACCUGGAAGACGACAACGGCGACGUGGCUUGGCCGUCGCGGGACAGCCUCCCUCCAACAGAUGAUGUCUGGCUGGGGAGCGUUAUUGAAAAAUGCUGGACUCGCGGGUUCAAGUCUGCAGGGCAUCUCGCGCUCGAACUAGAGCAGGUCAAGGAUGUGGAGUGA